AUGAAAAUAAAAGGAAAUGGACACACAAGGUAACUGGAAGGAAUUAGCUGCUCAAAAAGAGAGAGAAUGGAAAGAAGUUACAGAGUUAAGGAUUCAAACUUUGGAAGAAGCAUUGAAUGGGAAAGAAAAAGAGCUGCAAGAGGAAAGAGCAAAAUUUUCUAAACUUAAAGAGGAUUUUAAGUACAACCUCAAAGUUCUGGAGGAAAGAGACCAAGAAUUAGAAAGAUAUGAUGUCACAUUUACUGAAGUAAAAGCACAGCUGAAUCUGAAAACUGCAGAGAUUAGUGAACUAAAAAUCCAGUUAGAUGAUACCAAGUCUACGGUAAACAGAGAAAUUCUUGCACAAGAAGAUCUCCAAAAACACUAUCAACAUAGGCUUAAAGAGAAGCAAGCAGAAAUUGACUCUUUUAAAAGCUGUAAGGAUUCAGAAAUUCAUAAAGAGAGAAAGGAGUUUGAAACUUUUAAGAGAAACUUACAACAUCAGUUAAAACAGGUGGAGGAUGACUUGGAUACACAGAAAAGAGAACUGACAAUUAGUUUUGAAGAUGCUGUGAAGAAGAGAGAGCAUGAGUUCAGGCUACAGAAAGAUGAAAUGAGUGCUAAAGUCCUUGAGUAUGAAUUAAAGGCAAAACUUUUGGCAAAAGAAUUAGAGAUCGUGAAAACCAGCCAGGUUAAGGAGAGCGAACAAUUAAGUGAUGUAGAACACAGCCACAGAGAGCUAGAGAAAAAACUCAAGGAGAAGGAAUGGGAGCUCGCGGACACCACCUCAAUGAAAGAUGCUAGGAUAUCCGAGUUAGAAAUUCAAGCCCAGCAAACAGAAACCAUGAUGAAUAGGAUGAAAGAAGAUUUCCAAAGAAAACAUGCAGAACUGGAUAAAUUAGCUCGUGAGAAAGAGACAGCCUUGUCUAAGAUUAAGGAGGGUUACAUUGAGAGGGAGCAGUCAUUGCAGGCUAACAUCAGAGAUCUGCAGGCAAAGCUGGAGGACGGCCAGGUGGAGAUGAGGAAACUGGAGUGGAACAAGGCGGAUCUAGAAAAAGAAAAGGAUCUACAGAUAGAAAAGUUACAAGAGGAACUGUAUCAGCAAAAGGAGAGGUGGGAGAAACAGAUAGUAGACGCCUCUCGGAGCCAGGUCAGUAAGGAUGUGGAACUACAGCGACUGAGAGAGAACGAAGAGAAACUAAAGGCAGAACUCAUACAGAGGAAGCAAGACAUCGAGAGGUAUAAGAAGGACCUGACCCUGGCCGUGGAGAGGGAGAGGUCCUCGGAGAGGAGCAGGACUCAGUUGGACCUCGACUGGCAGAGGAGACUCGAGGAGAAGGAGUCCCAUCAGUACGAGAAGUCCGAGGACCUCAUCAAGAAACUCACCAAGAGCAGGGAUGAAGCUUUAGCCACAGUAAAAGAGCGGGACAGAGAUAUUCUCCAGAGAGAAGCUCUGAUCAGAGCACUGCACAGAGAACGGGAACAGGCACUGGGUACACUGAAGAAACACGGCAUUCCAGUCAAUAAAAACAUCAAUGUGGAUAUAAACAAAGUGUGGAAGUUUGCAGAUCCAGAGGAGAUAGAGUCUCUAAAGGAUCAAAAUGAGAAUCUCAAAUCUGUCAUCAAGGAGAUGAGAACCCAGAUGGAGAUUUUAGGACAGGAGUUACCUUCUCCUGAAAAAAACCCUGAUCCAUCUUCAACAGCUGGAGAAUAUGUUCAGAGCCUAGAAAAUGAAGCCAGAGCUCUUCGGAAGCGAAACCGAGAACUUGAGCAUGAUUUGGAUACGUACAGGAAGUAUGGCAGAGUGCCACCUGUGGCUCCAUCUACCUCAGAACAGACACAGGAAGUACUAGCAGAGGUCAAGGACAAUUCAGCAGUUCUCUCUCACAUACAGUCCCUGAAUGAUCAGAUUGGUGCCAUGAGAUCUGAAAAAAUUGAAAUGACAGCUCAGUUGAAGAAACAACAGGCUAGAAUGCAAUACUUAGAAGGCAUGGUAGAAAAACUCAACAAAGAGCCAAGACAGAAGCAGGUUGAAAUUGACCAGUUGAAAUACGAGUUGAAUGCUCAGAGGAGGCGGGACCAAUCAGAAAUAGGAGCUCUUAACCAGCGAGUAGCAGAACUGGAAAUUCAACUGGUGGAGGCUCGGAAAGAGGCAGAUGAAUACUACAGAGCAACUCUGGAAAGAAACAUGGAGGUCACAUCACUCCAGCAACAGAUAUCAAAUUUAAAAUUAGAGCUUGCAGAAAAAAGACCAGAGUUAAACUUUGGUGCACAGGAAUUGGUCAUUCAGCAGCUACAAGAUGAAAUACUGAAUUUAAGAAAAGGAGUUAUUCAGGCCUCCACAACAGAAAGUGCAACAACAGGCAACAGUGCAGUAGUACAGGAAUUAAAGAAUAAGCUGAAGUUAGCAGCCAAGCACAUAGCUCAGCUUGCUAAGGAGAGGCAGCAGCUUAUAGAGAUGGGGAACAAGCUACGAGCUGAGCUUAACAAAGAGGGGAUUAAACCACCAGCCGCACUACAAGACAGACCUGAGCCUGUGUUCCCCAUCCAGAAAGUGAACAAUAAUGAAAUGUCACAACAGCUCUCUCAACAGUUCCUCAGUAAACUCUCACAACUGGAGAAACUGCAGUAUCAACUCACAAAACAGCAACUUCAGUUUGCACAGAAGUUCCCUGAGCCACAGAAUAGAAACAGCAAUAACUCUGAGUCUGACCAGGAAUACAGACCUCCCUCUAUACUGAAGAGGGCCUCUAAUAUUGGAACUAACAGAGAUCAGCCUGUUCAGUAUGUCCGAGAAAGUCAGGACACUCUAAAUGACAGUUAUAGGCCUGUUAGCCCUGUACGAUUCAGUAGAGAGGGACCACUCAUCAGAAGUUAUGAUGAUAGGGAGCAGUCAUUGAACUCAAAUCUGGAGGACAGGGACCAGUUAUUAGUUACAAUGUCCUCCGCUGGCGGGGAAUCAUUGGAGGAGGUAUGGAGGAUGCUAGACCGCCCCACCCCUAGCCCAUUCACCACUCCAAGAUAUCCCGAAAAAUCAGAGAAAUCAAGGAAAUAUUCCUCUGAAGAAUCAUCCAAUGAAAUCACAGUUAAAGGGAAACAACCCACAAUACACCAGAGAACGAAACCUGAACCCAAACCCUCCUCCGUAAAAUCCCCCAAAACCUCCAGAAAAGGCCCCCAGAAGUCCAAACCCAGAAACUACAACAUCAGAGAUAGUGGAAGUAGUUAGCAAACUGAACAUUUACACUUUUGUUUAUUGUUAUACAUGU